AUAUAUUCAUUGUUAACGUUUUAAUUAUUGUUCAAGCUCUUGCGUUGCUAUCAUUCUGAUAAUCCAUUCAUUUACCAGUCUCAUAAAAAUAUCACGCUUUUUUGUUUUAAUUGAACAGAAAACAUAUAGAAUCCAAAAUAAACUCCAGCUACAUGGAGUCAUUUGCGUGUAUGUUGUAUUUCACAGCCGCUUUGAACGUGACUGAUCAUCCAAUCAUACUUUACCAGUUUAAUUGCAGUUCUUGCGAUGUAAAGGGAUAUAGGUGUGGUUCAAAACCCAUUAAAAUCGGUAUGUGUGCGAGAAAACGUUUUUCUUUGCUGUAAUGGAGACCCCACAAAAUUCUUUAAACAUCACCUUUCAGGACAAUACAGAAAUACAGGGUUUGUUAAAACAAAUCGAGGAUGCCAAGACUGAACUACAGCUUACUAAAGACGAGGUGGAGCAAGUAAACAAAGAUGUUAACAAAUGCAGAGAGGAGAUGGACCGAAGGAUGAUGAUGAUGGUGCAGAUGGAUGAAGGCCUCUGGAAUUCACUGCUUGAACUGGACGCUCUCAUGCAGGAGAAGAAAAGUCUCGCCGGUCAGUUAGAAGAACUCACUUUGUCUAGUACCGUGGAGUCGAAGCAAGCUCUUCUGAGAAGUUUGCAGGAGGAGGAAAGCAGUCUGCUGGAGCAGGAGCGUAAUCUGAAGCUCAAACAUGAGCAGCUGAGGAAAGCACUGGCGGAAGCUUCUUCAAACAUGGAGGAAGUUUCACAGGGUGAUAAUCUAGUUAAACCAGGCACAUCCAGCCAGAGUAAGUCUACUGAAAAGCCAGUGAAAAAAAGAAGAGCACGAAAGUGAACACAACAUCAAAAAAGCAACAUUUAUUUUUUUUAUAUUUACUAAAAUUAAGCUGCAAUAAACAUGUAAAACUAUAGUGACUUUUUCCAUCAUGUAUUUUGUUAUUUCUAACUUUUAUUUCUAAGAGAAAAAAGGUUCAUUGGAGGUCAUUGCUGAAAAGAAGUGUAAUGAUUCAUAAUUCAGAAGAUUGUCCUCUGGCAAUGAUCAAUUCAAACAGAUGUGUUGAAGUUUUCCAAUUUAGCCUGGAGACACCUUCAGGAAGACCGUUAAAAAAAAAAAUAAUAAUAAUUAAAAUCAACAUGAAACAGAA